UCAGUUUCAAUUGCUGUCUGCCGUGUAUUACCGGCCUCUCAAAUAUUUUUCUUAUUACACAACCACCACGACUGGAUAAAAUGUACGCAUUGGUCGCGUUUAUUUAUAAGUUUAUCACUUUGUGAAAAUCCAGACUUUUUAGCAACCUUUGAGACCCAUUAAAGUGCUGCGUCGAAGAAAUAAGGUGACAAUUGAGUGUCCCAUUUUUAUUACCCUUCUUAUUUUAUACUUGAACCGCUUGCUCCAACAUUACUGCGGUUGAUAAUCCUCCUGUUGAAGUCAAAAUGUUUAAUAAUGUGUCUUUUGUAUAAAAUUGGAGGGUCUUGUUGCACUUGAAAAUUUGGUUGCUUCUAUAAGGCCGUUCCGCGUAAUAAGUUUAUUGUAUCCACGUCGGACUUCUUUUACCAACUUAAAACCAGCCGAAUGGAUUGAAUCCUCUUUCAUUAGGCGACUGGAAUUGUCCGCGUUCACAUCAUCGAUCGAUAAAUUUUCUAAAAAAGUGUCUGUUGUGAAAAAAUUUAAAAAGUGAGAAAGUAAAAAUCCAUUUCGUUACCUUCCACAGAACUCGAGAGUCGUCUCCUCCAGUGCAGCAGUUAGCCAUGGAUUUGAUAUUUUGGUCCUGGCCGGCUUUGACCUUGGCGUUGAUUGUGUCCGUACUGAUUCUCAGCUUGGUGAGAAGGUCACCGUUCCGUGGAGGAGGAUCCGCUAAGAAUGGAAAUGGGACGUGUCACACAACCAAUGAAAAUAACACGGUGAAGGUACUCCCAUCCCCGGCCAGGAUGCCAAUAAUAGGACAUCUCUACCUCUUUCAAGGAAAUCCAAUAAUAGAACUGACCAAGCUGUCCAAAAAGUAUGGCGACAUUUACAAACUGUAUCUCGGUUCGGUGGAAACUGUUGUGGUCAAUUCGCUCCCUCUUAUCAAAGAGGUCCUCAUGCAGAAGGGGUCCGACUUUGGCGACCGGCCAAACUUUCUCCGCUACUCGAUCCUCUUCGGAGACAAUAAGGACAACUCCUUGGCAUUCUGUGAUUGGUCCAGCGUCCAAAAAACGAGACGUUCCCUGGCCCGAAGAUUUUGUCACACGGGUCUCUUCGCCGACCGGGUUGAAACGGCGUUACAAACCACGACGGACAUCCUCAUGGCGCACAUUCGUAGUGAUAUUGGCCUCGGAGAAAGUUGUCCUAAUCUCAAGUUGAACUUACAAAAAGCCUGUGGAAACAUUUUCUUUGACUUUUUCUGCUCCAAAGUUGUCACCGAGUGGGAGGAAGAUGCAGAGUUUGACCGAGUCGUCAAGUUGUUUGAUGACAUUUUCUGGGAAAUUAAUCAAAGUCAUGCGACUGACGUGUUGCCGUUUCUUGCCCCAGUUUUUAAGCAACAUCUCUCCGCCCUGGCCAACAUGGGGACGGAGAUUCGACAGUAUGUAAUCAAUCGGAUUAUAGUUCCUCACGCAGCUCAACUCGACAAGGACAAUCCGAUUGAUUUCGUAGAUAUUUUGUUAACUCAUUUGGAAGAGGCCGAGCCAAAAAAUAGACUCACACAGGACCAAGUUUUGUACGAAUUGGAAGACUUUUUGGGUGGACAUUGUGCCGUAUCGAAUCUACUUUGCAGAGCUAUCGUAGAGAUUGCAGAUUCUCCUGGAAUGUCGGACAAAAUUUAUGUCAAGCAUUUCGAGCAAGGUAAUAAGGAAUAUAUUCAAGCCGUGAUUUAUGAGACGUUAAGAAGAACUUCAUCCCCCAUCGUGCCUCAUGUUGCCUCUUGCAAUUCCUCCAUUGGAGGUUAUCCCAUCAAUAAAGGAACCAUGAUCAUGAUAAACAAUUACGACCUCAACUCCAGCCACGACUUAUGGGAAAGGCCCGACGAAUUCAUCCCGGAACGAUUUUUACUGGACGGAGGUAACGGUCGGUUUAAAAAGCCGGCUCAUUUCUUCCCAUUUUCCUACGGAAAGAGGGCCUGCAUGGGUUAUCAGCUUGUCGAAAAGGUCACGGAAGGUUUAAUUCUCGCCAUGGUGAAAAAUUUUGACAUCACUCCGCUCGAUAACCCCACUCAACUUCCGAUCGCAUCGGUCGCUCUCCAUCCGAACGAGCAGCUUCGGGUCAAACUUACUCCGAGACAAUAAACGAGAUGUCAAUUCUUGGGCUUUUUUUAAUAAUAAUUUUAUUAUUUUGUUUUUUAAUCAUGAUUUUUAUACAAAAUUACGAAAAUAUCAUGCUUGUUAUUGGUUUAUUCGUGCGAGAAAUAAAUUUUUUGUUGAGAUUUUUUGCUAUAAA